AGAAAAGAAUAGGUUAUAUGGGCUAAAAAAAGUUAUUUAUUCAAUGUCAAGUGGAAUAGAUAUGUCAGAAUAUUUUAUGUCAGUUGUAAAGAAUAUCUCGUCAUCUAAUCUUGAUAUACAAAAGCUUGUUUAUAUGUAUAUUAUAAGAUAUUCGGAAUAUGAUCCUGAUUUAUCACUUCUUUCUAUUAAUACAAUACAAAGAAAAUUAAAUGAUAAAAACCAAAUUUUUAGAGGAACUGCAAUAAGGAUGUUAUCAGGAAUUCGUGUUCCUUCUAUUUCUAAAAUAAUUAUAUCUGAAAUAAAGCGUUGUAUUAUGGAUAUGUCAUUUUAUGUAAGAAAAGCAGCAGCAAUUUCUAUGGUAAAAUGUUACAGACUUGAUCCAUCAUCUCUUCCUAUACUAAUAGAAUAUCUUCUAAUUCUUUUGAAUGAUCAAUCUCAUAUAGUAUUUGGAUCAGCACUUUUUGCUUUUCAAGAAUUAUGUCCAGAAAAAUUAGAUUUAAUUCAUCCAUACUACCGUAAAAUUUGCAGGGAUCUUCAUAAAUUAAGUGAAUGGGAUCAAGUAACAGCAUUAAAUAUUCUUUUAGUAUAUGCUAGAAAAUGCUUUUUAAAACCAGAUGAUAAGACGUGUUAUAAUUCUGAAGAUUUAAAUGGAAAAGAGUUAUAUUCUGAUGAUAAUUCUAAUGAAAAAGCAGAGGAGUCGGUAGUUAAUAUUUUGAAUAAAGAUCUUAAUAUGCUUUUAACGUCUAUUAUUCCAUUACUUAGGAGCAGAAAUAGCUCGGUCAUAAUGGCAGCUUGUAAAAUACUAUAUCAUAUUGGACCUUUAACAAAAAAAAGCGAACUUGUAAAAGCAUUAAUUUAUCUAUUAAAAGAAAGUCCGGAUAUUCAAUAUAUUGUAUUAACCAAUAUUAUAGCAAUAGCUAUUAAAUAUCCUGCUUUUUUUUCACCAUUUUAUAAACAUUUUUUUAUUUAUCCAUCUGAUUCCCAGAGUAUUUGGGAACUAAAAUUUGAAAUUCUUGCUUUAAUUGCAAGAGAAGAAAAUAUCAAAGAUAUUUUAGAAGAACUUAAAUGGCAUACAAAAAGUUCAGAUCCAAAUAUAGUAUUUAAAGCAAUAAAAUCUAUCGGAUAUUGUGCAAUUAAUCAUUCUUAUAUUUCGGAGUUAUGUCUUCAAAGUCUAAUAAGAAAUAUCAAUAGUACAAAUGACACUUUAGUAGCAGAAUCAAUAUUUAUAAUAUCUCAUUUAAUACAACUUAAUCCAAAAGAUAACCUGCAUUAUCUAGAACAACUUGUAUUAUAUUAUGAUUCCAUUACAAUAGCAUCAGCCAAAGCUUCUAUAAUCUACCUCAUGUCAAAAAAUAUUUUUAAUCUUCCAAAAUUAUCAUUAGAUAUGUUAAGGAUUCUUGCGAAAUCAUUUUCACAACAGGAAGAAAUUGUAAAAAAUCAAAUUCUUAUUUUCGCAGUAAAGUUAUAUAUCAUAUAUAGUUCUAAUUGUUUUGAAGAGAAAUCAGAAGAUUCCCCUCUAGAUGUUUUUUUAAAGAAUUCAAAAAUAUCAAAUAUUUCAGACGAAAACAAUAUUUCAUCAAGUUUAUUAGAGAAAAAUAAAAUAUUAUCAGGAAAUGAAGAUAUAUAUAAUAACCCUUCAAACAAGCUAAUUGUUACAAAGCUUUAUGAUUAUAUUAUGUUAUUAGCUCGAUAUGAUCUUUCGUAUGAUCUUCGUGACAGGGCACGUUUAUAUAAAUUUUUGGCACUUAAUUCUACUAGUUUAUUUACACAGAAAGUCGUUUUUUCAUUCAGUCCAAACAUAGAAAUGACAACCGAUUCUAUAGGUCGAGAAACGUUUACAUUAGGAACUUCAUCUCUUACACUUUUUAAACAAGUAAAAGGAUAUGAAAAUCUACCUAAUUGGCCAAAUGAUAUUACUCAAUUACCACAUCCAAGUUUAAGAGAAGAAAAACAUGACAUUUUUAAAGACACGAACGAUAACUUUUUGAAAGCUUCUUCAUUAAAAAAGGAUAAAGAUAAUUCAAUUUUAUUAAAUAUAAACUCAGUAGGAAUACAGGAUUUAGAUGAUUUUUAUAGAUCAAAUACUAAUACUGAAGAUGAAGAUUCAGAAACAGAAAUAGAAUCCGAAUUUAAUUUUAAUUAUGAAGAAAAUACAGAUAGCGAAUCUAUCAAAAAAGAAACAAGUUUUGAAAAUGAAGAGACAGAUAAUGAACAAAUUAUACCACUUUUAUGAAUUCUGAAAAUUACGAAUUACAUAUAUACUACUAUC